UAGGCCCUCAUUCCACGACUGCGCCAUGCAGUCGCACUUGAACAUGCCAACAUGGACGCAGAAAUCAUACUACCAUCCCUAGGGCGAAUGUCUCUUACGUCUACAUGGCUCGAGUCUCUACUUUUCGGAAUCAAUUGCAUCCUCUUCGGAGCCUGUAUCCAUAUCUUGACAGACAGACAUCGACAGCCUCAUUGGAUUCUAUAUGUUUCAUGCGCCUUUCAUAUGUCUAUAUCAACAGCACACGCCAUCUUAGCUUUUAUCCAAUUGUUGGAUGCAUUCACCGGGCAUGCAUAUGCGUCUAUUCCGCACGGUGCUGACAUUUAUUUUGCCACACCGAAUGCAUUAUUUAUCAUAAACUUGACUAUGUAUGUUGCAAACGUAUUUGCGCAAGACUUACUACUGAUCUGGAGGUUAUACAUUGUCUGGGGUCAUAAUAGGAAAUUACUCUUUCUUUCGCUGUUUGUAGAAGCUGCCCAUAUCGCGUGUGCGAUCGUUUCCGUAGUGCUCAUCGCUCCGUCAAAUGGCCUGCUUUUCUCAUCAAAAGUCCAAGCAUUCGGAAAGGCAAGCUGGACACUCGAUCUAUUCCUGAACACGACUGUCACGUGUGGGAUCGCAUAUCCGUUGUGGAGAGCUAGCAUACGAACCGCCCCUAUAUCCAACCACAGCUACCAAGCAACGAUGUACACCGUCAUCGAGUCAGGCGCACUUAUAGCUAGCUGUACUGUGAUCAUGUUCGCGCUUGACGUGGCAGGAAGUCCCGCUGGAUUCGCCGCUGUCAACGUAGCGGUCCAAGUGGCGACGACGACGCCGCUACUUAUCAUUGUCCGCCUCGGUCUCGGUCUUACUCACGGAAAAAGUUCAUCGAAUGAAAAUGCAAUGGAUGAUGAAAAGGACGGAUCAUUACGCUUCGCUCGUCCAGUCCAGGUCAACGUCACUCACACUCAAACGGAGGAAAUUGCUAGUGCUCUCCCUAGGAGUUCUUUGGACUCGGUUGAAAGUGAUAAUUAGUUAUACAGCCUGAGCAUAUGCAGAUCAUAUCGUUUUUCUCGGUGCCAUGUGUCUAGCAAUACAGAGAGAAUCAAAGGACUCUUUUGGCCUGGCAUAUUAUACAUGUUUAUUAGCUGUGUAACAAUAUCACGCUUCUUAGUGAAUCAGCGCUGUUCUUGAACAGGAUGAAACCU